AUGGAAGAGGAACAGAUGUCAUGCCCUUUCUGUGGCUAUAACACAGACAACGAGUAUCAAAUCAUGUUGCAUAUGGAGACGGUCCAUCCCGAAGGUGGCGAAUCGCCCUUCGUAGUGAAAGAUGAUGCCAGCCUUGCAGCGGUUCUCUCCCUGGCGGAUGAUCAAGAUGCUGAGUACUCGAGCUGCCCAGUCGAGGGGUGCGGCGAGGUGCUUCUUAGGACGGAGUUUGACAGCCAUCUGGAGAUGCAUAGCGCGGAGCAAGAUUCUGGCGAUGAAUCGGGAGCAGUAUCCAAUAAUAUAAAAUUGGAACCUGAAAUCGAGGCUUCCUUUGAUGCUAAGUUAUCUCACGCCCUACGAAAUAUCGGAGAUGAUGAAGGCGUUGGCGAAGCCAAACCUAGCCCAUCCGAGCGCCAAGCCAGUGCAAAAGCCGUCUGGAAAGGUCUUUUAAAGAUGCCAGAUGCCUCCACCCAAAAGCCAGCUUCUCCAGCCAGUGGUAGCUCGAAAGGUGCCAAAAAGAGGUUAGGAAAAUCGGAACUGGGUCCCCAUGCGAACGAGAAGCAGAUGCCGGCCUGGCUUGUUAAUUUACUGGAGUCUGAUGGGGAGAUUUCGACUGUCAAUAGGGUCAACACCGAUGGGAAAUUGAAAAAGUUCAAAGUGUGCAUCAAUCGAGCGUCGGGGAUUAUUCCUAUCCUUGAGCAGUUGCUUGAGCAAGAUGGCUCGGUCGAUUAUGCGUACCUGUGUCACCCAGCAGUGAAGCACAUCUCUAAGCUUAAGAGGGAGGGGGGGUUCUGCGGAUACCGCAAUAUCCAGAUGUUGAGCUCACAUAUUAUCGAGGCCAAAUCCCAAGGCUACGAGUGUUUUAACGGCAAAAUCCCGACUAUUUUCGAAAUUCAAGAUUACAUUGAAAAUGCGUGGGACCUGGGUAUCAAUGCACAAGGCCGUAUCGAAACUGGGGGGAUCCGUGGAACAAGAAAAUAUAUCGGGACUCCAGAUGCAAUGUUCUGCAGUCUCGGAAUAGCCUGCGAAGCUCAGGGCCUCAAACCCAAAAAAUCGAAAAAACCCAACACUGAAACCCAAACAGCAUAUCAGCUCUUGUUCCAAGCCGUAGAAGCAUACUUCGCAAACGGCUGUCUAGAUUUUCAUCCCAAAGCCCGCUGCACCCCUCUUCCUCCAAUGUAUUUUCAACACCCAGGCCACUCGAUGACAAUCGUUGGAUUCGAAAAGAGAUCAGACGGCUCGAGGAACAUCAUAGUUUUCGACCCUAUGUUCCAUGAUGCCCCCAAUAUCACCAAACUCGUCGGACAACAAUUUACCCAUAAGGCUCCGGCGGAUGCACUGAAAGCUUAUCGACGGGGGGUCAGUUAUUUGAGAAAGUAUAACGAGUUUGAGCUAUUGAGGGUGACGUCGCCGCUGUCAUUGCCACCAUUGCCUGUGCCGAUUGAAGUUACUGAUGCUGGACAUACGAAGAAGUGA